AUGGUAGGUGUGAAAACAUGGACUGAUGAUGGGAUUUGGUUUGUUCUCCUGGCAUCCAAAAUUCCCUCACCCUGUUCCGCCCAAAAGAGUAAACCAGGCAGGUUCUUCACGGAUGAAGCAAUUGGACUUCUCUGCAAGAAGAAUGUUAAGGACUUGCGUCAUACACCAAAUGCAGCGAGCGUUAGAUAUGCUCGUACUCAGAAACCGGAGGCACAACCUUCUCCAGAAGUUCUAGAAACCAUUGAGCGACUCCGCAGUUCAGUUUCCCAAGCUCAAGAUAGCACAAACGGGAUCACGCUGGAGAAUCCACGGGGUGGCACUACUAUGGCUGCCGAAAGACGAAGUUCCCCUGGGAGCUUUAGUAACACUAGUUCGAAUACGAUGUCACCAAUGCCAAUGGGGAGUCCUCUCACUCAGUCACAACCUAGAAGAACCGGAAAUUGGAACAGGAGUGAAGCUGGUCAAUUUAAUCCCAACAGAUCUCACACCAUGAGUAGGAGUGCAAAUGAGCCAUUUGCUAAAUCAUAUGGACGAGGGCAUGAAAAUACUGUUCCGCUAGCUACUACCAACCAACGACAACAACAUCAAGGAGGAUCACUGGGCAAUGGAAGUCGCCAACAACAACCUAUACAGGUACACUCCGCAACGACUAGAUCGAAUCCAUUGUGGUAUCCUGCUGUCGAAGUUUCAUCUUUGAUGAGGCAAACAAUGGGCAACAGUCAGGGAACGAAUGCUUACAUGCAUAAUGGCGGUGACAUUCCAGAGUAUUCGCAGCACGCACCAUCGGGAACUAUGUAUCAAUUUUAUGGCAAUCAAAUGGGCCCAAACACACACCAAAUUCAGUCUUACGGUCAGGUAACGCCUAUGGAUUCGCCAUACGCAAAAAAUUACGGGGAAUAUACACAAGCCUUACCAGGCCUGGGUAUGAAUGGAAUGCCAAUGCCAACAGGCCCUACUGACGUUGGAAGCUCUUCUUAUCCAUAUGAUACGCCUUCUUAUGGUCAGUUCGAGGCAUACAUGGUACCACAGAUUCGACAAUCUUAUGGGGAAACGGUUUCACAAAAUGGAUUGCCGUAUACAAAUCAGUACCCUCCACAACAACAAUACGGUAUUGAAUAUCGCUUCCCACCGUUAAACAUCGAUUUGGAUGGUAAGGAAGUUAUGCCUCAAAGACAUCAUGGUCUCCCACAAGCCACAACGAAUGAUCCUGACUUCGCCAAUAUUUCAUCUCUUGGUCUUGCACAAUCCGUAUUCAGCAGUCCUAGUGAUACUAGUGAUUCAAGUAAUGGUUUCAUUCAACCUCUUGACAACCAAUAUAAGUCAGACGACAUUGAAACACAAGGAGACCUUGCCCAUCAAGUUAGAAUCAUGUCCCAAGAACCACAACCAUCUGUCAGCGCAGAAAAGGGGAAGAAAAGAAGUGUUGAUGAGGCCGAGAUAUCUGAUAUCACUUUUGAUGGAAGCUGCGAGGGAUACAAGAAAAAACAAAAUAGCGAGGAUAAAGAUUGCUCUAGGCGACGAGAGGCCAAUGAGCAAAAUGCAAGACAUGAUCGGGAAUUGUCUGAACAACAACAAGACAACACUCAAGAGCUCUUUACUGCUACUUCAAGUGGCAGUCCGAUUGAUUUCUCUGAUAUUGCUCUCGAUACCACUUCAAGUGCUAUUGUAGUUUCUGGUGUUAGCUCAGCUACACACAGCUCAGAUGAAGCUGGGCUAUCUCCUAUCUCUACGAACACGACCGUCGAUGCGGAGGAUCCAACAAGCACCAAAUUCAGUUACUCGCCCUAUGAAAUGCCGAAUUUGAAGUCGCAAGGAAUUUUCCACGAGUCAGUUGAGACAUUUCUUCAUCAAGAAGAGGGCACUGCGACCAGAAAAUCCAAUGAUACAGAGGAUGAUUUUCUCAGCGAAGAAGAUUUUCCAGGCCUUUCGGACCAUUUUGAUGACAUAUACUACGAUCUGAGCACGAGUUUUCACGAGAUGUCGGAUGAGGUUAUUCAAGCGGACCAUUUUUAUUUGAUUGAUCAGAUGUGA